AUGAGGGAAGUGAAGCUGGAGCCCGACGUCAUCAGCUACAGCGCUGGGAUCAGCGCGUGCGAGAAGGGCGAGCAGUGGCAGCGGGCGCUGGCUCUCCUCAGCGAGAUGCGGGGGGCGAAACUGAAGCCCAACGACAUCAGCUUAAAUGCUGGGAUCAGCGCGUGCGGGAAGGGCGGGGUUUGGCAGCGGGCGCUGGCGCUACUGAGAGAGAUGCGGGAGUCGAAGCUGGAGCCCGACGUCAUCAGUUACACAGCUGGGAUCCGCGCGUGCGCAAAGGUCGAGCAGUGGCAGCGGGCCAUUGCGCUGUUGAGCGAGAUGCGGAAGAUGAAGCUGGAGCCCGACGUCAUCAGCUACAAUGCUGGGUUCAGCGCGUGCGAGAGGGCUGAACAGUGGCAGUUGGCGCUGGCGUUGCUGAGCGAGAUGUAA